AAAGAACACCUGCUUUUGCUUUUUGUUUUUGAUGCUGUUUCAUCCUCAUGUGCUUGGGUCAUACAUAACCUUUAAAAUUUACUAAAACAUUCUAAAUUAAAAAUAUAUAACAUAAAAUAACUAUAAGAAUGGAUCAAACUACGUCACAAACUGAAUGUCCACUUCGUCCAAUGAUAUGCGAGUUGAAUAAACUUUCUAUGCCCGAUGGAUCAGCAAUGUUAAUGCAAGGUGAUACAGCUGUUAUAGCCGGUGUUUAUGGACCUAUAGAAACUAAAGCACAGAAAAUGAUUUAUGAUAAAGCUUCUGUUGAAGUUAUUUAUAGUCCUUUGAAAGGACCACCAAAGAUAAACGACAGGGUAGUAGAAUUAUAUUUAAAAGAAUCAUGCGAAGCUGGGAUUAUUGUUAAUCUUCAUCCUGCUUCUGCAAUAAGUAUAAACAUACAAGAAGUGCAGGAUAAUGGAGGGCUCCUAGCUUGUACUAUUAAUGCAGCAUGCUUGGCUUUAAUUAAUUCAGGAAUUUCUUUGAAAUUUACUAUGGCUGCUGUUAAUUGUAUGAUUGAAGAAAGUACAGGAAAAGUGAUACUUGAUCCUAACAGUAAUCAAUUGCAGAAAUCUAGAGCGGUUUUAACUUUUACGUAUGACAGUAUACAUAGAAAUUUUAUCUCUUGUCAAACAUCGGGACGUUUUACCAAUGAAGAAUUUCUAGAAUGUUUGGAUAAAUGUGAACAAGCUAGUACCAGGAUUUUUGAAUUUUAUCGUGAUGUUGUUAAAAAAUAUGUAACAGCAAUAUAAUUUUAAAGAAAUUGUAUAUAUUUGUUAAUAAAAUAAUGCAUAUUACAUACAUA